AUGGCUAUCGCGAAGAACGAUGACGUCGACUUUGCCAAUGGCACCACCGACGACCUCAAGAAGGCCGAGCAAGCCACCGGCGACAACACCGACAUAAUCAUCGACGAGGCCGCGGAAAAGGCACUCAUUCGCAAGCUCGAUCGUUGGAUCAUCCCUCCUGUCAUGCUACUGUAUCUCUUCUCCUUCCUUGACCGCGUCAAUAUCGGCAAUGCGCGCAUCUACCACAUGGAGUCGGAUCUCGGCCUCGAAGGCAACCAAUAUCAGCUCGCCGUUUCCGUCCUGUUUGUGACUUACAUCUUGUCGGAGCUUCCGAGUAAUCUCGUAAUCAAGAAGUUUACUCCGUCGCGUUGGCUCGCCUUCAUCACCGUAGCCUGGGGGCUGGUAGCUACCAUGACCGGUCUCGUGCAGAAUUUCGCUGGUCUGGUGGCAUGCCGAAUCAUCCUUGGCGCACUCGAAGGAGGCCUGUUUCCCGGCCUUGCCAUCUACCUGACCAUGUUCUACACAAAACGCGAAUACGGACUGCGAAUCGGCUAUCUCUUCGUGUCGGCGGCCAUCGCCGGCUCCAUGGGCGGCCUGCUGGCCUACGCGAUCGGCUUCAUGGAAGGUGUGGCCGGCAUGAAUGGCUGGCGCUGGAUCAUGAUCAUUGAGGGCAUCCCGACCGUCUUCCUCGGCGUGGCUAUCUGGUGGUGGCUGGCCGACGACCCGGACUCGGCACACUACCUGACCCCCGAGGAGCGGCUGCUGAUUGAAGCGCGCAUGCUCCGGCAGAUUGGCCGCACCAAGAACGGCGACCUGAUGCACAAGGCCGACGUGUACGCGGGGCUCAAGGACAUCAAGAUCUGGCUCUUCUGCGUGGGCCAGUUUGGCGGCGACAUCAUCCUGUACGGCUACUCGACCUUCCUGCCCACCAUCAUCCGCGGCCUCGGCAAUUGGUCCAACGCGCAGGUCCAGGCCCUCACCAUCCCCUGCUACGCCCUCGGCGCCGUCACCUACCUCGUCGUCGCCUGGCUGUCGGACCGCACCCAGAAGCGCGCCGUCUUCGUCAUCACCUUCGGCCUCGUGUGCACCCUCGGCUACGCCAUCCUCGUCAGCCCCGCUCCGGGCAACGUCAAGUACUUUGGCUGCUUCCUCGCCGCCAUGGGCUUGUACGUGGUCGUGGGCAUUCCCCUUGCCUGGCUGCCGAGCAACAACCCGCGCUACGGCAAGCGCACCGUCGCCACAGGGCUGCAGCUGACAAUUGGCAACUCGGCCGGCGUGCCUGCUCCAUUCCUCUAUCAGACCAUCGACGCGCCUCAGUUCAUCAAGGGCCACGCCGUGUCCAUGGCAUUUGUCGCGACCUCGACCCUCAUCUACAUCGCCUUCUGGCUGUAUUUUAAGCGCCAGAACGCGCAGCGCGACGCGGGCAAGGUCGAUAAGCGCGUGCUGGGCCUGUCCGAGGCCGAGGUUGAGGAGCUUGGCGAGUACAACCCGCGCUUCCGGUAUACUUAUUGA